GGGACGGAAGAAGUUAAGCUAGGGCAGAAACUUGUCGUCCAUUCAUUUCACCAAUCUUCUCAGCGGCAAUGAUCUCGCUAAGAUUAUCAGUGUUGCUAUGGCUAUCAUUGAUAAUAACCGAUAAUCAAGUUAGCUGUACCUCCAGAUUAAAUAUACCAAAAGUGUUGCUACCACUCGCCAGAAGUACAAGGAUUAACUUCACACUGGAAACUACUGAAGGCUGCUACAGAUGGUUUUCCACCAGGCCAGAGGUAGCGAGCAUCCAAGCUCUGGAUGAAGAGAGAGACAAAGGCUGCUCCAAGAGAGCUGUUCUACAGGCUCUCUCCACCCAGCCAUCCAGACUCACCAGCAUCAUUCUGGCAGAAGAUGUUGUUACAGGGCAGGUACUACGCUGUGAUGCCAUUGUGGAUAUCAUCAGUGCGAUCCAGAUUGAGUCCACCACCAGAGAGCUACAUCUUGAGGACUCACCACUGGCACUCAGAAUUCAUGCACUGGACUCUGAAGGAAACACCUUCAGCACCCUCGCUGGUCUAGUGUUUGACUGGACCUUAGUGAAAGAUGUAGAUGUGAAUGGAUUCUCUGAUUCUUACAAUUCAUUACGGGUACUGAAGUUCUCCGAGUCCACAUACAAACCCCCUGGAUACAUAUCUGAAAUGGAGCGUGUUGGGAAACAGGGUGAUAUUAUUUUGGUUUCUGGACUUAAAACAGGACAUGCUAAAUUAAAGGCCAAAAUACAAGAGUCAUUGUAUAAGGAUGUGGGUGCAGCGGAGGUGAGGCUGCUGAUUUUGGAGAACAUAAUGCUGAGUCCUGCACAUGAUGUCUACUUGUUGGCGGGAACUUCCAUCCGAUACAAAGUCCUGAAGAUAAAACAGGGCACGAUCGCAGAGCUCACUAUGCCCUGUGAUCAGUAUGAGCUGCACCUCCAGAACAGUGUGGUUGGACCUAAUGGAAAUACAGAAAUUAUUGUAGCCAGUCUGGAUCAAAAAAUCUCCACAGUCACAGCAAUUCAACUGGGACACAUCAAUGUGGUGCUGGACCAUAAGAGCCUUCGAAUGCAAGGAAUCUCUCGCCUCCCCAAUAGCACUCUGCAUGUGGUUGAACCAGGUUACCUUGGUUUUAAAAUUCAUCCAGGAGACAGCUGGGCUCUCGAAACAGGCAGAGUGUAUGAUAUCGUCAUUGAAGUAUUCGAUAAAUCCGGCAACAAAAUCUACCUCUCUGAUAAUGUCCGUAUUGGCACCGGUUUUCCUUCGGAGUACUUUGAAAACCUGGAAUCUUCUCUGAAUGGAUCAUAUCAUCGUGUCAAAGCACUCAAAGAAGGCCUGACUCUCAUUAAUGCUACCCUGAAAGCUGUUGUGGAUGAAAAUGGAGAGGUCCAUGCACUCGCCAACCCAGUCCACAAUGAACAGGAUGUGGAAAUCUAUAACCCUAUAGUUCUUAGUCCCAGUAUUCUCACGUUUCCAUGGCAGCCCAAGGUCGGAGCUUAUCAGUACACAAUAAAGGCCACAGGAGGGAGUGGAAAUUUCAGCUGGUCUUCAUCGAAUACAGCUGUAGCCACUGUGACGGUGAAAGGAGUGAUGACAACAGUCAGUGACAUUGGCGUCAGCAUAGUUUAUGCUCAUGAUCUCCGCAACCCACUACACUAUGGACAGAUGAAGGUGUAUGUUGUUGAGCCUGUGGCGAUGGACUUCGCUCAGUGCCCAGUUGAAGCCAGGGUGGGCCACAUUCUCGAUCUACCCCUCAGGAUUUUUGGCCUGCUGGAGGAGGUGGAGAUGGACCAGGUCAUGUUGAGUGACUGCUCCCACUUUGACCUGCAGGUUGAGGAGGGGCACCGUGGCAUCUUCCAGCUGCUAGAUGGGAGGCUGGCACCAGGCCAAGAUCACUGCAGCGGAGUCAGAGCCAAAGCCCUGGCCCCCGGUUACACCACGCUUUCUGUCAGCUACACCCACGGCAACGUUCACCUCAGUGCCAAGAUCACAAUUGCUGCUUAUCUUCCUCUCAUGGCCAUUGACCCUGUAUCUGUGGCGGUGGUGACUCUGGGAUCAUCUAAAGACAUGUUGUUCGAAGGUGGGCCACGGCCUUGGAUUUUAGAGCCCUCCAAGUUCUUCUGCAGCUUGCGCGCUGAGGAUGAAGCCAGUGUGAGCCUCACUCUGACCAACCCAUCAUCUCACAACUAUAACCAGCACUGGGUCAGAGCAUCAUGCAGGACCCUGGGAGAGCAGGUGCUGGAGGUGACGGUGGGGAACAGGGCUAGUGUGACCAAUCAUUACCCUGCUGUGGAGGUGGCAGUGGUGAAGUUUGUAUGUGCUCCUCCGUCUCGCCUCACGCUGGUCCCAGUGUAUACCAGCCCACGUCUAGACCUGACCUGUCCACUGCUGCAGCAGAACAAACAAGUGGUGCCUGUUUCAAAUUACCGUAACCCCAUUUUGGACCUGGCUGCUUUUGAUCAACAAGGAAGAAAGUUUGACAACUUUAGCUCCCUGAGCAUAUUGUGGGAAUCCACCAAGGAGUCCCUGGCCAGUAUUGAACCCACAAUGCCCAUGGAGCUUCAGCUGUUAGAGGAUGGCAACAAACAGAUGAAACUUCACGGACGUCAGACAGUUCUUGUACACCAUCAGACGGGGAUUGCUGCCAUUAGAGUGACAGCUCUUGGUUACCAAAUUUCACAUCUCGCAGCAGCCCAAGUUCCCAGUCCAUAUGACCCGUUGAUCCCAGUCUCAGCCACUCUUGAACUUCUGUUGGUUGAAGAUGUGAAAGUUUCUCCUGAUACAGUAACCAUAUACAACCACCCAGAUGUGCGGGAGAAUCUGGCCCUGAAAGAGGGUUCAGGGCACUUUUUUGUCAAUACCAGUGUUAGCGGGAUAGCAGACGUGGUGUUCCAGGAUGGCCAAGGAACAGCUCAGGUUACUCCGGUGCGCCCAGGUGUGGUGAAGGUGAUGGUUCAUGAUCUUUGUCUGGCAUUUCCAGCACCUGCCGAAGCCACAGUACACGUUUCUGACAUCCUGGAGGUCUACGUGAGAGUGGUUGACAAGGUGGAGAUUGGCAAAUCUGUGAAAGCUUAUGUCAGAGUCUUGGACGAUAACAAGAAGCCGUUCCCUGCCAGCUACUUUAAAUUCAUGAAUCUAAAACUCAAGGCUGCUUCUGCAAUAGUCUCUCUAAAACAUUUAUCGGAGUCCGCAGAAUAUGAUUCUGCAGUUUUCCUGGUGAAAGGUGCCACAAUUGGUCAGACCACUCUGUCAGCUGUUGUUGUUGAUAAAAAUGGGAAAAAAAUUGCAUCUGCCCCUCAACAAAUUGAGGUAUUUCCACCAUUCAAACUCAUCCCAGGAAGAAUGACUCUGUUAAUUGGAGCAAUGAUGCAGAUCACAUCUGAGGGGGGUCCUCAGCCUCAAUCCAACAUCCUUUUUUCCAUUUCCAAUGAGGAGAUCGCCUCUGUUAACAGCAUGGGUCACGUCAGAGGUGUUACUGUUGGUAAUGUCACUGUGACUGGACUGGUCCAAGCUGUUGAUGCUGAGACUGGGAAGCUAGUUGUUGUGUCUCAGGAUCAAGUGGAAGUUGAGGUUGUGUAUUUGUCAGGCAUUCGAAUCAGAGCGCCUAUCACAAGAAUGAAGACAGGGACACAGAUGCCUGUAUAUGUGAUGGGAAUCACCAAUAGUCAAACACCCUUCUCCUUUGGCAAUGCUGUACCUGGUCUGACCUUCCACUGGUCCACCACCAAGAGAGACAUCCUGGAUGUUGAGUCAAGACACGUUGAGGCUAACGUGGAGCUCCAGUCAGAGCACAAUUUUGGCAUGAGGGUAACUGGAAAGACAAGAGGGCGGACAGGACUCAAAGUGGUGCUCAGAGUUAGUGACCCCAUGGCUGGACAGCUAGUGAACAAUCUGCAGGAGUUCAAAGAUGAAAUUCAGAUCCAGGUCUAUGACAAGCUGCACAUGCUUAAUCCCGAAGUAGAGGCUGGGGAGAUACUGAUGGCUCCGAACUCAGCCCUGAAACUCCAAACUAACAGGGAUGGUGUUGGUGCACUCUCCUACCAGAUGCUGGAUUUUCCUGACCAGGUUGUUAUCGCUCAAGUAGAUGAUAAGGGCCUCCUAUUCUCUGGCUCUCUCACUGGAAUCUCUUCUCUGCUGAUCACCUCGCAAGAAGCCUUUGGUGUCAAUCAAACUCUCAUCCUUGCUGUGAAGGUGGUGCCUAUGUCUUAUGUGCGCUUCAGUACCAGUCCAGUGCUCUACACACACACCAGAGAGAACCUGAAAGCCUUCCCACUGGGCGUAGUGAUCACAUUCACUGUCCACUUUCACUCCAGCACCGGAGAGGCUCUACACAGCUCCAACUCCCAGCUCAUGUUUUCCACUAACAGAGAUGACCUGGUGCAGGUGGGGAUUGGGCCUACUAACAAUACUUUGACAGUGAGGACAGUCAACGUAGGCCUCACUCUUCUUUCGGUGUUGGACAAUGAAAACGUGGGCGUGGCAGACUAUGUUUCAAUACCUGUGGAGAACGCUAUCCACCCAUAUGAAAGCCACAGACUGGUGGUGGGAGACGUGAUCUGCUUCUCUGCGCAUUUCACCAACCAAGAUGGUGUUCAUGGUACUUGGAGCUCUUCUGCUAAUGGCGUGCUUCAGAUUGACCCUAAAAGUGGCGCUGCUGUAGCCAGAGAUGCUGGGACUGCUACUGUGUAUUAUGACAUACCUGGUACAUUGAGAACAUACAGAGAGGUGGUAGUGGAAGCAGCAACAAAAACAGCAGCUGUGGCGCAGGCUACUCCAAUCAGGAAUGGCAAAGAAACCAAAGUCCUACUCACUACCAGAGAAAGAGGAACCAACCUCAUCGGAACCUGCUCUCCCGUCCAGACUGAAGCUAUUUCUCAGUUGCAGCCAGAAACGUCUAUCAGCUGCCAUCUCAGCUUCACCAGUGAAGUUGUUGAUUUUCCUGCUAGUGACGUCUUCAAAACACACACCAGCUUUGACCCCAGCAUUGGCUUCUACACAUGUUCCAUGACCUUGCGGCCAAAGACUGACCAGCAGACUCGUAUGCUCAGCAUGUCUAUGACCAACCUGCUGGUGAAGGCAGGCCUGGAGGGCAGUGCCUUCUCUGGGGAACAGGUCAGCACCCGGCUGCCCAUAGAGCCAGGACUUUACAUCGACCAGACUGAGCUGCUGCUCUCAAACCUGCACCCAUCUGCUGAGCUCACAGUCUUUGGCCCAGCUGCUGCCCUGUCCGACAUGAAGGUCAUGUCAUCUUCUCCUAUCAUUGCCGUCCACGAGAAGGAGGUAAACCACGGCUUCCCCAGUUACUCAAAGUACACUGUCAACGCUGUGGACCCUCAGGCAGCAGUUUCUGCUUCUAUUUCCAUAAGCAGCACUUCCUCUGGCCAGAGCCUACUCAUCCCCAUCUCUUUGAUUCACGUGACUGAUCCCAACGCCGCCACGCAAGCUGUUCCUCCAGUUGCUAACAUGGAGGGGGGGCACUCCCUGCACAGCUUUAUAAACAGCUACGAGAUGAUGUUCUUCACCCUGUUCGCGCUGCUAGCUGGCACAGCGAUCACCAUCAUCGUCUUUCACACAGUGUUCUCUCCAAGGUAACAAACCCAUCACCUUGCUUACAUCCAGACUACAUCACCCAUCUCAGGGUCAGUUGAGGAACAGUGCUGGCAGUAUUUGCUGACCCAUCAGAUUCUGUGA